AUGUUUCAAGUUCUAUCUUUCGCUUACUUUAUAUUUGUUACUACCUGUACGGUCAUUAAAAGAGAGCCAAAAUCAUUUAAACUUGAUUUUAAAAUUGGUUCAUCAAAUUUGAAACGUAAUUACAUAUCCUAUGAUUUACAAAAUACUCAAACUCAAUAUUUGAUUGAAUUAACCGUUGGUGCAAAUUUACAAAAAUUUCGAGUUGCUUUGGAUACUGGUAGUUCAGAAUUAUGGAUUCCAACACCAAAUGCAAUUUGUCCAAAUAAUAGAUGUAAAUCUCGAGAUACGUUUGAUCCAUCAACUUCAACUUCAUUCACGAAUUUAAAUCUACCAAUUAAAGAUUAUUAUGUGGAUAAUACUUAUGCUAUUGGAACCUAUGGAUUAGAUGAUGUUUACUUAUCUAAUGGUGUAAAAUUAUCACAAUUUCAAUUUGGUUCAAUUUUUAAUACUACGGAAGAUACAGUUGGAUAUUUAGGUAUAGAUUAUCCUAUAUAUGAAAGUUAUUAUUGGGAAUAUGGAGGUUAUUAUAAUAAUUUCCCCAUGGCUUAAAAGCUCAAAAUAUAACUGAUAAAAUUGCAUAUUCAUUAUAUUUAAAUUCAGAAUAUGCAGAAAGUAGUAUUUUAUUUAAUGCAAUAGAUAAAGCUAAAUAUCAAGGAGAGUUGGUAUUAUUAGAUGUUGAUACUGAUGAUGUAAGUGUCAAUACUACUGAUAUUUUAAUUGAUGGUGUUUCAAUUGGAUUUCAAGAUAAUUUAAUAUUAGAUUCUGGAUCGACUGAUAUUUUUUUGCAACCACAAUAUGUUAAUCAAAUUUGGCAAGUAAUGGGUGUUAAUAAUAAAUAUAUUGAUUGUAAUCAACCAUCAAAUAAAUUUUUGACUUUAAAAUUUAAUGAUAUCGAUAUCAAUAUCCCGUUUUCAAGUUUAGUUAGACAAUCUGAUAAAGCUGGUAUUUGUUGGGUUGGUAUUUCUCCAACUAUUUCAGGUUCAAAGAAUUAUGCUGGUGAUUUCUUUUUAAGAGCUGUUUAUGCUGCUUAUAAUUUAGAAACUAGAAAAAUCGGUAUAGCACCAGCGUUAUAUACCGAUGCAGAAAAUAUUGUUGAUUUUUGGUUUUAA